CUAAUUCACGCGUGAACCUCGACUCUGGGCCCUGACAUGGAAUCUACUUUUGUGUUCUUUCACCGAACCAGCUAUCAGUAACCACUAUCUCAGCCGUUUGAUUCUUUUUAUUAAUCUUGUCGAGAGUGCAAAGCACCCAACAUGAGAUAGCGUUAAUGGCAGACCCGAGUGCUCGAACAGUACUGAAACGGACGGCUAGCAAAGACGAGAGUCGACUAAAAUACACCUGCGAUGCUGGAUUCUUAUCUACAGCACGCCCCUCCCGAACUCCAAACCUAGAUGAAGAAGAUUCCAACGAUCCACUUAGUUUUGAUUCCGACAGCUGUGACUCAGAAUGUGAAUCGACACCCUUGACAGAUCUAUCGGCCAGUCUCAGGGUCUUCUCCGAUUCGAUGCUUAGGAUGGAGCUGGUCGGGAUGGAGAUGGUCAAGGCAAUAGAAGCUUCGCGAUGUGAGGCGGAGAAGCAGAGGGCGGAAUCGGAGGCCGAGUUGACUCGGAUGAUGUUGCGAACUCAGUCCCAGAUCGCUUCAUUUAUUGCUGGAGAUGGAGGGAAUAGGAAGAGGAAGCGUGCAGCAGAAGACGAACCAAGGGACUCCUCUGUUAGGCAAGGAGCUUUGCUGCUGAGUCUGCUGCAGUGCAACUUGAUAGUUUGAAGCUUCACUAAAAUUAAUAGAAUAAUCUAUGGCUAUCUAUCAAAGGAGAAAACAAAUGUGGCUUUUGUUGUAUCACUAUCCAUGUAAUGUAAUGUAAUGUACUCUGAUUAAAGGAAAAUUCUAAGGAAAAUUAUCAUAUUUGUCUCUUUCUAUAUA